AUGUCUAGUCUUUCAUAUUCCAAUGUUAGCUCUUCCAAGUUCUGGUUGACAGGUUUUCCGGGAUUCGAAUGGGCCCACUGCUGGAUCGCCAUCCCUAUUUUCUCUGUGUACCUGACAGCAGUUCUAGGCAAUGCCACUAUCAUUCAUAUUGUCCGCACUGACUCAUCCCUACAGCAGCCCAUGUACUACUUUCUGGCCAUGCUAGCAGGAACUGACCUGGGUCUUUGUGUGUCAACCAUGCCCACAGUAUUGGGACUACUAUGGCUGAACUUCGUAAGUAUCCAUUUAUAUGCCUGUGUAUUCCAACUCUAUUUUGUCCAUACCUUCUCUUUCAUGGAAUCAGCCAUGCUUUUAGCCAUGGCUUAUGAUCGUUUUGUGGCCAUCACCAACCCUUUGAGAUAUUCCUCAGUGCUCACUACCUCACGGGUAGUGAAGAUUGGGGUGUUUCUGGGAAUUCGGAGUGCUUCAUUCACCAUUUUUCCUGGCGUGCGCCUCUUUGGUUUCUCCUAUUGUCAUGACAAUAUUCUUUCUCAUUCUUACUGUCUACACCAGGAUAUGAUCCGACUCUCCUGCUCUGACACACGGAUCAACAGUCUCUAUGCUUUGUCAGUCAUCUUGCUUGCCAUGGGUUCAGACUUCCUUUUCAUAUUUCUCUCUUACAUUCUGAUUCUCAGGUCUGUAAUGGCUAUUGCUUCUCACAGGGAGCAGCUCAAAGCUCUCAAUACCUGUGUGUCUCACAUUCUGGCUGUCCUAGUAUUUUAUGUCCCUGUGUUAGGCCUUUCCAUUGUUCACAGGUUUGCAAGGCAUUCCUCCCCUCUUAUUCAUAUCAUCAUGGGCAAUGUGUAUAUUCUCUUUCCACCACUGAUGAACCCAGUCAUUUAUAGCAUCAAGACCCAUCAAAUCCGCCAGGCCAUUAUCAAGGUACUCUCUUUUAAAUGGAAAGAUAUCUAA